AUGGAAGCUAUUAUCUUUUUUACUUCGGUCACAUUCAUGGUUGCUAUUGGAAGCGCAGUCGUGCAAGGCCGAGAUUUAGAAAAUCAGGAUUCCGGUAUACACCACCAUCAUCUUGUUACCGAACCAUCACCCUCGUUACAGAUGCGACAGGAGAACAGAGGUGCUCGCCGGUGGCCAGGGGCAGCGUAUACCUUUGAUCAGACGAAUCCUCGUUGGUCGGGAGUAGGCCAAUCCAUGGGGACUGAUCGACGACACAUGUCCAAUCCUUACAUUCCUGGUCCUGUGAUGCCCAUGCCUAUGCCCAUCUUGGAGGAUAUACUCGAGCGGAGCCCGACCCCAGCAACAAUCAACCAUCUGACACCCGCCGCCAAAUCACGUGAUGAACAGGGCUACAUGGAGCCCAAACCCUAA